AUGUUGGAACAGAUGAUAAGGAAUGAAGAUGUUGAAGAAUUAAAGGAAGUUGGUUCUGGAACAUUUAGGACAGUUUACCAUGGAAAAUGGAGGGGAACAGAUGUGGCCAUCAAACGGAUAAACAAGGGUUGCUUUGCAGCAGGUCCAUCAUCUAAACAGGAGAGAUUGACAAUAAUAGAGUUCUGGCGAGAAGCUGAGAUUCUGUCAAAGCUUCACCAUCCAAAUGUUGUGGCAUUUUAUGGUAUAGUAGAAGAUGGUCCAGGGGGGACAUUAGCUACAGUCACAGAGUUCAUGGUUGAUGGUACCGUAAGGCGUGUCUUACUUCGCAAAGAUAGGCAUCUGGACCAUCGCAAGAAGCUUAUAAUUGCAAUGGAUGCAGCCUUUGUGAUGGAGUAUUUACAUUCCAAUAAUAUUGUGCAUUUUGAUCUCAAAUAUGACAACUUGCUUGUCAAUAUGCAAGACCCUUCACGCCCUAUAUGCAAGGUAGGUGAUUUUGGACUAUCAAAGAUAAAGCGCAACACUUUGGUUUCAGGUGGAGUUAGGGGCACCCUGCCAUGGAUGGCUCCUGAGCUACUAAAUGGUAGCAGCAAUAAAGUAUCUGACAAGGUUAAUGUGUUCUCGUUUGGAAUUGUGUUAUGGGAGAUCCUGACCGACGAGGAGCACUAUGCAAACAUGCACUAUGGUGCAAUCAUAGGUGGGGAUUAA